AUGGCUAUGACCUCUCCAUUCUCUUCAUUGGAACAUGUAAUUAUGGUUGCCAGAGACAUAUGGUCCCGUAAGUUGAAUGUUAGGUCUUGGUUGGAGGCUAUAUCAGGACGAUCUUGUUCUAAUGAAUACUUGGAAACGGCGAAUGAAGCUACUGUGCAGGAACUUUAUGAAUGGAGAUCAAUGUACGAGGAGAAAUUUAGGUAUGUUUUUGUGACAUUUGUAGCUGGUAGGAUCUCUAAAGACAUACUUGCUGAAUUAAAGACGCACUUUAAUAAUUCGCAUGUUGUUGAGUUGGAGAUUGCUUCAAAAGAGAAAUUAAACAAAGUAGUUGAUGACACUCUAGAUGGAGCAGAAACUGAUUCAGAAGACGAUUUAGAUGCUAUCUCCUUCGGUGAAUAUGACAUCGCCAGGAAUGUUGAGCUCGAUAAUGUUACAGAAAAAGACAAUGAAACUUUAAACACCCAGCAUAGAGAAGAUGACGUACAUGCUACAAAAAGGGGUUUCGAUCUGAAAAAGUUGCCAUGGUUUGGAGAUGACUUAUCAGAUCCUUUAUCACGUCACUGUAGUGAAUUUUUGACAGAGUUUUUCUGGCCAGGUCAAUACGAAGUUGAUGAGAAAUUUUGA